UGUUUACCAUAAUGGGGCGGGGACUUCCACUAACUUGCAACAGUUUCAAUGGUCCAGAUACGCGCAUGGUGAUGGAUAGGAUUUGUGCGCAGCACGCUCAGAUUUAGGCUACAAAUUAUCUGUUUUAGAUUCGAGUGUUGGAACGCUGUGACUUGCCACCCAUAUGUUCAGGACUAAAUUCGCCUCUCCAAGAAGUUUUUUGCAGCUGCUGCAGGUGCUUGUAGUGGCUACAGUCAAAGAAGAAUAAUCAUGGUGAUCCUUUCGGACCGUUGCGAUUCGGGGACUUCCUCGCGUCAUGAGAGACCGCUUCAAGUCGGCUUCUACGAAAUCAUCAAGACUUUGGGAAAAGGGACCUUUGCCGUGGUAAAACUGGCAAGGCAUAAAGUCACCAAAACUCAGGUUGCCAUAAAGAUUAUAGACAAAACCAGGUUAAACUCUUCGGAUCUAGAGAAGAUCAACAGAGAGGUUCAAAUCAUGAAACUGCUGAACCAUCCUCAUAUCAUCAAACUCUACCAGGUCAUGGAAACUAAAGAUAUGUUGUACAUGGUGACAGAGUAUGCACAAAAUGGUGAAAUGUUUGACUAUUUGUCAUCUGUUGGUCGCCUUACGGAGGGGGAGGCUCGUAGAAAGUUCUGGCAGAUUGUGAACGCUGUUGACUACUGCCACCAACACCACAUCAUCCACCGUGACCUGAAGGCUGAGAAUCUCCUGCUGGAUGCCAAUAUGAACAUCAAAUUGGCAGACUUUGGCUUUGGCAACUUUUACAAGCCAGGAGAAACACUGUCCACAUGGUGUGGUAGCCCCCCAUAUGCAGCACCAGAGGUUUUUGAGGGGAAAGCCUAUGAGGGCCCAAAACUGGACAUUUGGAGUCUUGGAGUAGUUUUAUAUGUGCUGGUCUGUGGAACUUUGCCUUUUGAUGGAGACAACCUCUAUCUCCUCAGACAAAGGGUCACUAAGGGACGUUUCAGAGUACCUUUCUUUAUGUCACAAGAAUGUGAGAACUUAAUCCGGAGGAUGUUGGCCGUUAACCCAGCAAAGCGCAUCAGCAUGGCGCAGAUCAAGCAGCAUCGCUGGAUGGUGGCCGAUCCAGCUGCGGCGGCCGCCUGCCAAACUGUCCCCUGUUCCCUUCCUUUGGACAGUGCUCCCGGCCUGAGUGGCUACAGCGAGAACAUAUUGGGCAUCAUGCAGACACUGGGCAUCGACAGACAGCGCACUAUAGAGUCCCUUCAGAGCGGCAGCUACAAUCACUUUUCUGCAAUCUACUGCCUCCUACUGGAGCGGGUGAGGCAGCACAUCUCCCAGCAGGUGAAGAGUGGACCCCAGGCUUCCCCUGGCCCCUCACUGGCAGACUCAUUCCCCCGAGGAGAGGUCACCCUGAGCGGACGCCUUCUUCAAUCACAGCCCCCUUCCCCAGACCACCAGCUGAAGACAAGAAUCAGUGACAAGGAAGAACAGCCAGGGACACUUCAGUCAGAUGGACGUGAGGAGAAGGAAGAGCAGAUACAGGCUGUGUCAACUCUGGAUUUAACCACAAAUGGUGAUCAGGAGACAUCUGACAAACUAUCCGUUUGGGGCAAGCUACCACGUAUAGUGGUGCAUCUGGUGAGCGAUGACCCUCUGGACGGAGACAGUGCCCAUGAGACGCUGGCGUCCUCCACUGGCUCUUUGGUUGGCAUCCCCCUCUCCCCCUCCACAGGAGCUGUGUGCAGACUCACUGUGACCGAGGCCCUCAUGCCCCAUAGCCCUCAACAGCAGACACUGAGCCAGUGGUCCAGAAAAGGUGGGAUGCGUGAGCAGGACAGACUUACUGUGCCCAGCUUCAACGAGGGCAGACGGGCUUCGGACACAUCACUGUCGCCAGGUGCUGUGACCCAGAGGAGUCUCAAAGCUUCCCGGCAGCCACAGAGGAGCCACAUUCGUGCCAAGGGAUAUCUGGGAUUGACGCGUUGCCGAGACGUGCCUCGUUCCUCUGCGGCAUGGCUCGCGGUCAGGCUCUCUGGUCCGACUCCUUCUCCUACCCGCUCCUGGGAGUUUCCUCGUCACCAGGAGGAAACACUGGAAUUGCACAGUCUCCAGAUGGCCCAGCCACAGUUUGAACAGACGCCUCCCCUUCAUUCUUCAUUUUCCCAAAACUCCCAAAACCACCCACUCCAUGGACCUCUUUCCUCUCCGGCUUUCUCUGCCCAAGGCCUUCUCUCCCCACCCCCGCAUAUUCAACCGUCCUCCUGUCACAAUCAAACACCACUCCGUUGUACAGACCCUCACUUGCAGCUCCCUUCAAGCAGAGACUCUUGUUUCUCCUUCUGCUCCUCACCCUCAUCUGCAUCAUCCUCCUCCUCCUCGGCCAACGUCGCCUCGACUGCAGCUCUGCUGGAGACGAAGCUGCAGAUCAGUCCACUGUCCCAGGCACAACACCGUCCCCCGGGGCCAGCAUUGCUCUCCUCAGGGCUCGACACACCCUCAACAGUGAGGUUAAAGCCAGGGGACAGCUGCCAGGCCAUGGCAAUCAAUGGGUAACGAGAGCACUCCGUUAUUUAUAAAUCUGCCAUCAUUUCUAUCAUAUCUCAUAUCUUAAAUAUUCGCUUUGGACAAAAGUGUCUGCUAAGAAUGAUAAACAUAAACAUUAAAUAUUCACUCUUCUUCACAAGGUUAUGCAAGACACUUCUAUUUCAAUAUUUCAAUAUUCUAGAAAUAUUCUAUUUCUUACCCUAACCCUUUCCAAUAAAAAUGUCAUUAGAUCAAAUGUUUAUAGCAAUGUUUUUCAUUUUAAUGUCUCCUUGUAACCUUCAUACUUUUCAAGGUUACAGUAAGCAAUACUUUAUGGACUAAAGUAGAUAUACUGUCUGUGCAAAUAUUAAACACUACCUUUGGAUCAAAACAGUAAUACUGUGAAAACAGAUAUCUAUAUGGCGAAUACUUUUUAUAGACGCUUUAAGCUUGCACUAAACAAAGCCUCAGUACAGUAUUAAGCAUAAAGUCUCCCACGCUCUUCCCAAAGGCAUGAAUAUUUUUUUGACUUUGUAAUGUCAAAAUUCCUGCAUUAAAAAGGUUGUCUAUUUAGCUACCCUCUUUAAUUCAUGAGCACUAGUGGUGAUCUGAGCUCAAGAACAUGCAUCAAGUCCCACAAGCUACGAACAUGUUUGUUGUGAAAAACUCAAAAAUUGAAUAUUGUUUUUCUUCCAUAUCACUAACAUAAAAGCAUACAUUUGUUUACAUGUAACUAAUUAUGGGAAUAAAAACAACUGGGAUAUAA